AUGACGGCCACACUGGUGGUGACCAGAAGACCGACGCCCAAACUCAACAUCCCAUUAUCCGAACAAAUACAGCGAUUUGGUGAUACAUCGUCGCCAUCUGCCUUCGCGGCCUUUCCUGCAUCUGAUUUCUCAUUCUCCUUUGCCAAGGAUACCUUUUCCUAUGUCGGAGAUGGGCUGAACUACUAUGCUACCUCGGCAGACAACAGCCCUCUACCAUCCUGGAUCAAGUUCGAUGCCAGCAGCCUUACAUUCACGGGGAGAACCCCACCGUUCGAGUCAUUGCUUCAACCACCCCAGAAAUUCGAUUUCAGUCUCUCUGGGUCUGAUAUAGUUGGCUUCUCGGCUGUAUCCGUCGUGUUCUCCAUUGUUGUUGGCGUCCAUAGGCUCACGUCAGACACACCUAUCGUUCGAAUCAACGCGACUCGGAAGACAGAGAUGUCCUACACGGCUCUGGCUAACAGUAUCAAACUGGACGGCAACGCCGUUGCGCCAGCCGAUCUUGACCUUUCCGCAUCUGAACUACCGAGCUGGCUCUCGGUCGAUAAUACAACACUCGAGAUACAAGGAACCCCCCCUGAUGAUGCGCAAUCUUCAAACUCGACACUCACUUUCCGAGAUAAUUACGCCAAUACCCUCGACAUUCUUCUAUCCAUCACUAUUACAACCCAAAUCUUUCGUAAUACAAGCUUGGCAUUCGAAGCUACGCCGGGAGAGGAGUUCUCAUUUGAUAUUGAACCCUAUCUCUGGCUGCCUUCAGAUAUCGAGCUAGAACUCGAUACUCCGGAAUCUUGGAUCAAAGUUGAGGGGCUAGUUGUGUCAGGAACGCCCCCUAGAGCUACCUUGCCGGGAAAAACCAAGAUUCUCCUAAAGGCAACAUCAAAGAGCUCCCAGGAAUCCGAGACAGCGACAGCGAAUCUCACCCUACUAUCUCUGCCCGCCAUCUCUUCGACUGUUCCCACGCCUUCAGUCACGCCUUCAGUCACGCCAACGAACACAGCGAUCAGCGAUCACUCCAAACAUGGCUUCCAACCAGGCUAUAUUGUCCUCGCCAUAUUGCUUCCCCUGCUGACCCUCGCCAUUGCUGCUUUCUUGAUCAUUUGCUGUCGCAGGAGGAGGCGACAACAAUCGGCCCACGACGAUCUCAAAAACAAGAUUUCUGAUCCUAUACCCGGCUCAUUUGUGAUAAACGGCGAGUCAAGUAGCAGAGAUGGGUCUGAACAGUCCAUUCUCGGGAGAAUGAAGCCGAAUGAGGCAAUCAAGAACACUCUCGACCAUCACUGGAUCCCGUAUGUCCCAGUCGAACAACCGCUCAUCCUAUCUCUGGAGAUCGUCCGAACGAAGCCCAACGCGGUCCGCGUCCUUCACAUCUUCUUGGCGCACUGA